AACUCUAUGAACUGUCAAAGUCACUUCGCCCAAUUUUAUUCAUAAUUUUUUUCAUCGAUCAGGCCGUGUGUAAUUUUAUUUGUCUCUCGAAAAAUGGUUUCUAUUUUAUCGCGUACGGGAGUAAUUGCCGAAGUUUUAUGUCCACGGGUUGGACAAAAAAUUUUGGGCCUUGCUGCAACCGGCCAACAACAAAAAAGGAACUUGAACGUUCAGGAGCAUGUGUCUUACACCCUCCUCAAUGGAGCUGGUAUACCCACACCGAAAUUCGGUGUUGCAAAGUCUGCAACAGAAGCUGAAACAAUUGCCAAAGGUUUGAACACCAACAAUCUUGUACUGAAAGCACAAGUUCUUGCUGGUGGUCGUGGUAAGGGUUCCUUUAAAAAUGGACUCAAAGGUGGUGUACGCGUUGUUAACACUCCCGAAGAAGCCAAAGACAUAAGUGGUAAAAUGAUUAAUCAACUAUUGGUAACAAAACAAACUGGUGCAGCUGGCAGGAUAUGUAACACUGUUAUGGUUGCCGAGAGGAAAUUCCCUCGAAGGGAAUUCUAUUUCGCUGUUAUGAUGGAAAGAGCCUUUAAUGGACCAGUUAUUAUUGCCUCCUCACAGGGUGGUGUUAAUAUCGAAGAAGUUGCAGCUGAGAAUCCUGAUGCUAUUGUUUACGAGCCAGUUGAUCCAAUUAUUGGAUUAAAACCAAAACAAGCCAAAGCAAUUGCUCACAAAGUCGGUCUUGGUGCUCAAGAGACAGAAAUUUGCGAAAUGUUGAUGAAUAUGUAUGAUCUUUUUUUGAAAAAAGAUGCUCUUCUUAUUGAAAUUAAUCCUUAUGCUGAGGAUGCUUUGGAAAACUAUUUUGCCCUCGAUGCUAAAUUUCGUUUCGACGACAAUGCCGAAUUCAGGCAGAAGGAACUAUUUGCCCUACGUGAUUGGACUCAAGAAGAUGCCAGAGAAGUUGAAGCUGCCAAAUUCGACUUGAACUAUAUUACUUUAGAUGGAACCAUUGGAUGCAUGGUCAACGGUGCUGGUUUGGCCAUGGCCACCAUGGAUAUUAUUAAAUUGCACGGUGGAGAUCCAGCUAACUUUUUGGAUGUUGGUGGUGGCGCCACUGCUACUGCUGUCAAGGAAGCAUUCAAAAUUAUUACAUCAGAUCCCAAAGUACACGCUAUCUUAGUCAACAUCUUUGGAGGAAUUAUGCGUUGCGAUGUCAUUGCUGAAGGUAUCAUUGCCGCUGCCAAGGAUCUUAACCUUAAGAUGCCAAUCGUUUGCCGUUUACAAGGAACUAACGUCGAUGAAGCCCGUGAGCUGAUCCGCAAAUCAGGCCUUAGGAUCAUUCCACGUCAUGACUUGGACGAAGCUGCCAAUUUGAUUGUUCAUUUGGCCGAAAUUGUCCAACUGGCUCGUGAAGUUAAGAUGGAUGUUAGCUUUGAAAUUCCAGACAGUGCAAAAGAAAAAGAAAAUCAACCAUGUGAAUGUGAAUGUGAAUCGGAUUAAUGUUUUAAAUGAAAAAACUAUCAAGAUAAAUUCGUUUUACAAUAUGGAAAUAUUUUUGUUCUAUUUUUGAUUUUUUUUAAUUCAAAUUGGCCUUUUAAAUUAAUUUAAAUUUUUUUGUUUUAAUUAACAUUUAUUAUAUCGACGGAAAGAGACAUUUACAUUUCUCUUAGCUCACUUUAAAAGAUAAUUUUAAAAUCAAAUUGUGAAAAAUAAAAUAAAAUAACUAAAGCAUUUUGUUAUUGUAA